UAAAAUUAAAUGUAUAAAUUUAAAAUGAUAUGUUAUAUAAAUAACAUAUAUAAGAAAACAAAAUGAAUCUUAUAAUUUCAUAAGUUAUAUAAUAAAUAUACUAACAUGGCCUGCUCUUAUAAGAAAGCUCAUUUUAGAAGGCGUAUUGCAGCAAAAUCCUUUUUAUCUAAUAUAUCAUUAGAUGGAACUUAUCGUGACACAAGCUUGGGUAAAAAGUGUCAAUAUUUGGCUGCAAAAAAUGUUAAUUCGGAAGACACAGAAAAUAACAAACAGUUGGACAAAAAUAUUGAAUGGAAUAAUACCACGAGUGAUAAUGAAAACAAUGAUUCAUAUUGUGUAAGGAAACAUAGUCCAAAAAUUAACACUAAACAUAGGAAAAAUCUGGACAGAAGGAGUUCCUACAGUUCUGAUUCUGAAAGCGGUUUAGUUUCGUCUAAAUUACCUUUGCUAGAUAAAUCAAUUGCUUGCUCUACUCCAGCCAGGGAUAGAACCAGCAGUGUUUCAGAGCGUAAGCAUAUACUUACAUCUAAUUCAAGAAGGAAUACUGGAAGUUUCUCGCAAAUAUUACAGGAAGAAUGCCCAUGCAACAGAAUUGAACGUGGUUUGCCAAAUAGUAGUACAGAGAGUUUAAGUCAUGGUGUUCGAGCUAGAAAUAUUCUAUUGGAAGCAAAGCCUAAGAAGUCAGAUUUACAAGCUGAUGAAUCUCAUAGAUUUAGAGAAGGACGUAUGGUUUUUGUUCUCACACAAAAUAAAAUACCAUUUAUGAUAUUUUCUGCUCUGCCAUAUUAUAAAGGUGCAAGGAAUGGAAGGCCUGAAAUUCGUAGAGAAGGAGGCAGACGUCGCAAUACUUCAGGUACGAGACCUUUGUCAAGCAUUAAUGACGUUUCUUUGGAUCCUUUUGAUUUGUUGGGUAUAGAGAAGGUGAAAAUGGGUUUUAUAACACAUGAGCUAAAUUUGAGAAGUCAAGCUUCUCCGCCUCCUGUCUUAAAUCAUAGUGCUUCACAUAUCGGAGAUAGUAAAGUAGAGUGGGAAGAUCCACAACCAGUUGUGCAAUCUACUACGAAGUUGCAUUACUCACCUAACUUAUUGGAUGAUCCUGAACUAAUAGCUGGAAAACACAGAACUCUUCUAACAUUCACUUCUUAUAUUACAUCUGUGAUUGAUUAUGUUAGACCAUCUGAUUUAAAAAAGGAAUUAAAUGAUAAAUUUCGAGAAAAAUUUCCUCAUAUUCAACUAACUUUAAGCAAGUUAAGAAGUAUUAAAAGAGAAAUGAGAGUUAUAGCUCGCAAUGAAAGUGGCGUUGAUCUACUCACCGUAGCUCAAGCAUUUGUCUAUUUUGAAAAAUUAAUACUGUCCAACUUAAUAACGAAGGAUAACAGGAAACUCUGUGCUGGUGCUUGUAUGCUGUUAUCAGCAAAAUUAAAUGAUGUGAAAGGAGAAGCAUUAAAGGACAUUAUUGAGAAAACUGAAAAUAUAUUUCGCUUAAAUCAUAAAGACCUGAUUGCAUCUGAGUUUGCAGUACUAGUAGCACUGGAAUUUAGUUUGCAUGUGCCAACAAGUGAAAUUUUCCCUCAUUAUCAAAGAUUGCUACAUGAAUCUUGAUUUAAAAAUAUUUAUGACUGGCUAAAGAUAAUUAAAGAUAACUUGGUUUGAUGAGAAUGUAAAGAGUUUGAAUAUUGUUCUGACUACUUUUGUUGCAUAUUGAUCUAUGCACCUUACCCAGAUGAAAUUGCAAUUGCAUCACAAUACUGCGAUUUGUAUUGAAUGAAUGAAGAUCUUUUAACUGACUUAAAUAGCAAGUUGUCAGGAAGAUGAAAUCACAGUCUCACCCUGCAUAUUGAUAAAGAUAUCGAUGAAGAUAUAUCAAAGUGAUUUGAUAUCUUUAUGAUGUAUUAUCUGCAAAACAUUGUACAGUGAUUUUUUCCAUAAGAAUCUCAAGUUGGUCUAACCUAUUUGUUGAUAUGACCAAGAAAAGGAUAAGGGAAGAAUGUUGUUA